CGUGUGCAAGUCUGGCAGCGUAACAUCUGUGCGUACGCGGUCGUGAUUGUUGUGAAGAUGGCGGGGGGAGAGACAGAGAAGGAAUAUGACACAAGGAAAGCUAUCGAAGGGCUCCGAGAACGGUUCCAGGAAUUGACUACAACGCUAAAAGAAAGUUCGGAAUCACUGUCUGAGGCCUCGUUGCGUUUCUGCCAGGAAUUCUGCCAGAUCCUUGUGGAACAUGCAGGCCGAUGGAAGACUGAGGAGGAGCCACUGCCUUUACUGGAGGCGUACACAGUGGCCAUACUCAGUUAUGCGAAGGCCACGUCCUGUCUCUCCUCCGAAUGUGAAAAUGUGCCACUCGUUCUUGAAAACCUAGCAAUGAGCUGUCUGGAGCUCCUUCUCUCACUGCCUGAGCAUGUCCCUGGUGCCUUAUGGGGGGAGUUUCAGUCCUCUGUCAAGUUGGCACACAGCCUUUUGCAAGAAAAUGGGAACACACAGCUAAACAUGCUAUCAGCUAUGGCACAGGCGCCUGGUGUGUGGAACAACACCACUCUGUGCAGCAUUCUGUCUAAUGAGAAAACUGAAAUUGACAGAGUUAAUGAGUUCCUGCAGAUGGAAGGUCCUACACUCCUUAAUAUGCGAAUAAAGCACCUUAUCAAACAGAAUCGAGCAGAGAAAGCGGCUGUCUUAGCGAAGAUGUGCUCGGAGUAUCCAGAGUACGAAGGAAAAGGGAACUUCAAGCAGACAUACUUUGUUUGCCUGUGUGUGACAAAAACACAAGAACAACUCAUGCAAGAGAUCACGCAGGUAGACUGUAAGGAUGCAUUGGAGAUGAUUUGUAACCUGGAGUCGGAUGGGGAUGAAAAAGGAGCCCUUUGUUUGUGCUCUGCGUUCCUCAAGCGGCAGCUUCUCCAGGGAGAUGUGUAUUGUGCCUGGGAGCUCACACUAUUCUGGAGUAAGCUUUUAAUGCGGUCAGAGUCUUCAGCAGAUUCAUUUCUUGAUCAAUGCAGAAAGUUGGUCCUGCUAUCAAGGAACGUCUGUCAUAUCCUCUUCCUCAUCAAGGUUAUCCAGUCCGAGGUUGGAGGAGUGGGACUGCCUGUGUGCAUUGAAAUGUGCAUUCGAGCUCUACAAAUGGCAUCCAGUGACAACACAGACAGCAGGACCACCAUCUGCAAAACAAUUUCCUGCCUUUUGCCCACUGAUUUCGAGGUGAAACAGGCAUGCCAACUAACAGAGUUCCUCAAUCAGCCUACUGUGAACUCAUAUUAUGCUGUUGAAUCACUCUAUAAUGAACCUGAUGAAAAGCGUGAGGAUGAGAAUCUUCCAGUACCCAACUCACUACGCUGUGAGUUACUGUUGGCCUUGAAGACACAGUGGCCUUUUGAUCCAGAAUUUUGGGACUGGAGAACCUUGAAGCGCAAUUGUUUGGCAUUGAUGGGUGAGGAGGCAUCCAUUGUGUCAUCUAUCGACACUCUCAAUGACACCGAUAAGGGACUUGAGGAUGAUGCAGCAGAAACAGGUUCAGAGUUCAAAGACCUUGAGGAUUUUAUUUUGAACACAACAAAUGAAUUGAAUGAAAUUGCAGAUGAAAAAGAGAAAAAUAGGGAAGCUAAGAAAUUAAGGGAGAAAGGGUUUGUUUCGGCAAGAUUUAGGAAUUGGCGAGCCUAUAUGCAGUAUUGUGUUCUAUGUGAUAAAGAGUUCCUUGGCCACAGGAUAGUCCGUCAUGCACAGAAGCAUUUUAAAGAUGGGGUCUACACCUGUCCAAUAUGUGCUGACAGCUUUAACACUAAGGAGAUCCUUGAGCCACAUGUAGCAUCACAUGUAAAGCAAUCUUGCAAAGAGCGACUUGCUGCAAUGAAAGCAACUAGGAAAUUGCCCAAGCCAAUGCAAUCCACCAGCAGUCAUUGGAAUAAUUUGAAAGAUAGAGCUGUCGUUAAGCUUGAGGCAGAGACCAAUGUCAGUCCAAAUGAUGCUAAUUUUCUGGAUGGAAAUCACAACAGUGCUGAAACUGUCAAAGUCAAUACUCAAAAUCCUGUACAAACUAAGGUCAGUCCUCCAAAGCCUGUACAAACUAGAUAUGAAGCUGAAUUUACAGAGGAUUGUGUCUGCCCUGUUACAUACUGUCAGAAGGUAUUCAAGUUUUUUCGGAGUCUUGUAACGCAUGUAAAAGCCCACAAAAAUGACGAGGAAGCAACACGUUUUUUGGAGAUACAACAACAGAAGGUUGUAUGUCAGUAUUGUCGUCGGCAGUUUGUUAAUGCCAGACAUCUCAAUGAUCAUUUGCAAAUGCACUGUGGUGCUAAGCCAUACUAUUGCAUACAGCUGAAUUGCACAGCCAGCUUUCACUGCAAUUCGGAACUUCUCAUGCACAAAAGACAACACACUGACUUUAAGGCACAGUGUAUGUUCCCUAAUUGUGGAAGGAUUUUCAAUGAGGCCUACCUGUUGUAUGAUCAUGAGGCACAACAUUACCUUACAUUCACUUGCAAAAUAGCUAAUUGUGGGACGAUUUUCUAUUCACAGUCCCAGCUAAAUUUGCAUCAGCAGAACCAUGAUACAAAUGAAGUGCCCAUCACAAGUGAGAACCAUCCUGUACCUAAAAUGGAACCUUCCACCCAGUGCGCCGCUAGGCAAGAGGAAACCUGCUCUGCCUCUGUCAUUCUAGAUCAGAAGACUGCACAUGAUUAUGCGAAGGAAGAAGUAGUUAAAUCAGGUUCGUCAACGUCAACAGUUCCUGAGAACCCAAACGGCACAGUGAAAAUAAAACAUUCAGUCGAGAGCAUGUUGAAUUCUGUUAUCAAUCCUAGAAAGGAGUUACAGAAGUGUUAUGUUCCACUCAUCAAAACUAAGCUCGGAUUGGAGAAUGCAAAACUAUCUCCUGAUGUCCCAUGCCAAGAUAUGAUUGCCAAUUGUGAGGAUCAAAAUCACUGUGGAACCAAUCCCUUGAAAGGGUAUCCAAAAGAGGACCUGGAUAACCAACCAACUCAAGCUGUUCAGAAAGUGUUACCACAGGCCUUUCCUCUACCAGAAAUUAAGAGUGAACCCCCGUUUUUGCUACAUCCAAAUGAAAGCACUCCUGCAAUAACUGGUAGAGAUGAAGACGCACAUAGUUGUCCGCUUGAAGCAUGUGACCGCAAAUACAGUACCCCCAAAAGUCUCUCUCGACACGUAAAGAAAAACCAUCCAGACAUUUUUGAAGACUGGAAACUGGCUAAGAAGUACAAGAAAGUUGCCAAAAUAACUUCGAGAAAAGUUCCAUCUGUGAACAGGACUUCAAAGGACCAAACAUCACUUCAUCAAGUAUCACAAUGCAGAAAUUCUGGACUACAGCAGUUCGAAUAUCCGAUGGCAUGUUCAAGUUUACCUGCUGUUUGCCCCUCUUGGGAAGCCCCAACCAAAUCAGACUGGGCUAAUGCAGUCAGAGAUGGGUGAAGCGUGGACAUCUACAUUGAACAAUUGCUAUGCAGAUGUCUUCCAUCUGAAUGAAUACCCCAAUAAGAGCGUAACUCCUUGGCAAUCAGAAUCUCAUCCAACUGGCUAUCCUUUAGAAAGGGGCAGAGAACAUGCACCAGCAAAUAUGCAUGGUAGUGCCAUCCAUCCCAUUAAAUCAGAAUCAAGUUUGAUGAAUCAGAUGUCAGAAUAUGUGUCAAGCUCGCUUAUGCUGGAUAAUGGAGGACACAUGCACAGUGGAGGACAACACUAUGGGAUAAUUAACUCUGGGGUUAAUGCAGAUAGUGUUGAUGUUUCCCUAAUGAGAAAAAACUAUUCCAAUAUGUUUUCCCAAGAAAGUAAUGGUAACAAUUUGUCAGCUGGAGGUUUCCUUGCUUCAUAUGUCCCAGAUGAAUCUUCCAAUCUUAAUUCAAGAUCAAGGCCAUCAACAGACAUUCCAAGCAUUGUAUUGAGUCAUGAUGGCCAAGUAGCACCAAGAAACACAGUGGAGAUGACCAACAUUGAGAACAUAACCAAUUAUGAGAAUCAGAUGAACAGCUCUGUAGAUGACAUGCUUCUUAGUUCACAUGCUUCUAUCCAAACAGUUUUCUCAUAUGAUGAGGACACAUGUCAUGCAGAAUCUGAAGCUAUCCCUGCAGACGACAAGAAUGCUGUUCAUGAAACACAGACAGUAAAACGCUGCAGACUCAGCAAGAGAACGAAAUGGCCUGCUAUUAUAAAGGAUGGUAAAGUUAUCUGCCGAAGAUGCUUUAGAGAAUUCUCAAGCACGAAAUCUCUCGGAGGUCAUCUUUCAAAACGCUCCCAGUGCAAACCAUUAGAUGAAAUGGAUUUAACGGAUGAUUUGCCUACGUCAUUUCUCGACUUUCUCAAUGACCCAAAUGUUCCUGAAACCAAUGGAUCAACAAACAACUUGGUAAAUGUUGAAUUCCCACAGGAAGUUGUUGGUAAUCUCGCCACACCAAAUACCUCUGAUUUGGCACAAAAGGAAACCUCAAAACCACUGGAUUCUCAUUCAUUAAACACCUUUCCUUCAGUUUUGACAGGUGGACAAUCCAAAAUCUGCCCAAAUAAAACAGAAGUUUGGAUAGAAUUGGUACAGUCAAAAAAUCAUGUUGGUAGUCAGCAGAAGGAGGGAAAGUCGAGUGAUAGUCUUGCUGAAAAAAGGUCAAAUACAACUUCCAUUGCAGCAUGUCAAGAUGACAAGGUUAUAGAAAUUCAAAAUGCUUUACAAAUGUUGGGUUUAGUUGAAGCUGCACAUGAGAAAAGUUUGCAGGAAAAUUGUUCCUCAAAGUACAAUGACUGCCAAAGCAAUGCAAUCUCAAGCGAUAAUGUCAUGCAAAAAGAUAGUGAUCAAAGCACGACAACAAAAACGAUUAUGAAGGAGGACCAGAAUCGUGACAAUGGCCCCAAGCCAUUCAAGUGUGAAAUGGAUAAUUGUGAAUAUGGGUUCAUGACCAAAGAGGCGUUGUUCAGACACCUUGCUCGAGUUCAUGAUUACACAAUUGAGAUGAUUGAGGACCUCAAGAAAACCCCAGUCAAAUUCUCUCCAUAUCCUUGUCACAUUUGCCAGAAAACAUUUACCAGAACCACAGGCCUAAGAAUUCACUAUGAAAAAGUUCACCACCUGACGCAGGCAGAGAUGAACAAGUUAAAGGUUGGAA